CGUGCUACCAUAAUGCGCUGCAUAUUUGAUCUUUCUAAAACGGAGCCCCGCUGAAAUUGCAUCGGAUAACGUUUACAUGGAGUAAAGACAUUAUGCGUGAAUAACACACGUACGCAAAGACACUUCAAGUCUUACGCGAUUACGUAGUGAUGCUCAUGUCCGGGAUACGGACGGGACGGGAGUCCUCGUGACUGCGGGGGGAAAAGGGGGAGACUGAACCUCGGAUAAAACUCCCUCAAAGGGAACACCGUGGCUUUAUAUUUAUUAUUCAAAACACGCGGAUGCAUCAUGGGAGCAGCAUAGCGAGUUCUUCACAACAAACUGCCCCCGCGUGCCUGUUUUCAUUUCCUUUUGCUGUCGAUUGUUCCCUUUGCUCUUCUGAUACUGCUGUGCUUCAUGAGACGUGUUUUCCGAGUUCAGGUGGGGGCUGUGAGGCUCUCUAGUGGAAACCCGGUGAAGAUACACUUCGUUGAGAGCAGGACUUGGAUUGAUUUGUCCUCCUCCGCGGAGAAGCCAGAAGGCCAAAGCUGCUCCGCUCGCUUGCGGAUGCGGCAGCUACUCGGCCUGCUAAAGGCUCUGGGUACCGCAAUGCCGCGGGGAAUGGGAGAGAAAGACGGCAGGUGGGCGAUGGAGCAAACCAGAUCAAGGGAUAUUGGAGAAUGCAAAUACACGACGCCAAGAAUAAAUGUUGACACAGCAUAAGUGUGUUUCGUUGCGUUUUAUCCGCUGUGGACUUAAUGUUAUAUGGACCCUAACUGCAUAUCUAAAGAAGUAUAUUCACAUAUUAAACCGAGUCACAUAGUCCCACAAUUUAGGAAGUUUUUCAGUAGCCACCAUGCCCUCACCGUCGGACUCCAGUAGCGUGGCCUCGAUGUCAGGGUCUCGAGCUUUGUCUGUGAGUCGCAGAGGAAUGUCUGGGCGGACCGGUGCGCGCGUGCUGCUGUACCUGGGCUUGUGUCACCUUGCGCUUGGGGCCAUGGUGCUGGCCUUCAGCUUCACAAGCCUUGCCUUCACCUCAUCACCCCGUGUUAGACAGUCCUGUCCUUUCUGGGCUGGUUUCUUUGUUGUGGCGUCAGGAGUAGUGGGUGUGAUAUCAUGGAGGAGGCCCUUCACUCUUGUUGUGUCGCUGUUCAUGCUGCUGUCUGCAGUGUGUGUGAUUCUCAGUCUGGCUGGUUCCAUGCUCUCAUGUCGUCUGUGUCUUUGCUGUGACGUCAAGCAGACGUGCUCUCCAACAGAAGAUGAGACACUAGUGCUCUACCAACAUACAGACUGCCACUCUGUGCGUCACCAGCUCAAGGAUCUGCUGUUCAGUGCCUGUGGUCUUAGUAUUCUCUCUACCAUUAUCUGCACUCUGUCCACGGUCACCUGCAGCAUUCAUAUCUUCUCUUUGGACCUAAUGCAUCUACUGGCUCCUCAUCGCUCUCGCUCUGUUAACCCGGAAUGCACCACUCCUCAGGAUGCAUUUCUCAGUAACAUGAUGGACUUUGAGGAGUUUGUUCCGCCCAUUCCCCCACCACCGUACUACCCUCCUGAAUACACCUGCAGCUCAGAGACCGAUGCACAGAGUGUCACAUAUAAUGGAUCAAUGGGGAGUCCAGUGCCUCUGUACCCAACGGACUGCCCUCCUCCUUAUGAGGCAGUGAUAGGUCAAAGGGCUCCCAGUCAGGCCACAGUGUUUGACACUCAAGCCGGUGAGCUGUCUGGAGAGAGAGGAACAUCCACAGCAUUCAGUGGGGAAGUGUCAAUGGACAGUGGCUCUCUAUUGAUGUCUGAGAUUGUGGAUAUUCCAGAUGACAGCUCCCCAUCUGAGGACUCCUGCCUAAUGGAAGUGGGUGUCGGUAUGCGGGCACGGCCACGGGGGGGCAGCGAGGGAGGGGAGGGGGGAGAGUACGCCAGCCUCCGUUCUUUCGCACAACAUCCCGAGGGAAUGGUGGCCGCUCCUUCCGGAAGGCGUUGUUUCAGAGGCGAGAGAUCGAACUCCUGCUCCUGCCCGAGCUCGUACAACACCUCUACCUACAGGUCUCCAGUGUUGAGGCGUCAAGCUCUGUUGGCGAGUAGCUGCUCUCAGUUGGAGUUCUUAGCAGGAUCUAAACAUUCCUGUAUCCCAGAAAUCCGAGUUCGGCCCUGCACACCCUCCCGACAGGACUCCUCAUCUGCAUUCACUAACCCACCUACCGCAGCCCCAUCAGGUCCUGCUCAAGACCGGCCAGACCACACAGUACCGGUGCUCCUUCUGCGGCCAGGUUUCCGUGAGCAAAUUGGACGUGAUAGAAAAGACAGCGACGGCUUCUUACCUCUCUUUAGGUCACACAGUGAACCAGGACUUAGCUCUUCAACUGACACAGGUGAUUUCAGUCACUCAGGAGGCAAUAAAGGAGUCAGUGAGGGGGGAUCACAGACCUCAUCAGAAACAGGGGUAUUGUCUGGAGCUGGUUUGCUGCCUCGCUCCUCUUUGGCACUUCCUGCUUCCCUGCCCAGAAAAGGCAGCAUUAAGACUGUAAGUACCCGGUUGCCCUCAAAACAAGUCCCAGCCACCUCGCUGCGUUUACCCAAAGACUGUGCACGCUCUCUUGGAGACCUCAAGGUCACUAAAGUUUUAGUGCAACGUUUCCUGCAGAGAUCCAAACGUAACUUAGCCCUUGCAACUGAACAUGCUGGAAACUGUACUCAGGGGCCUAAAAGGAGGACAGGAAGUGAAGGCCUGCCUUUAGAACAGGUGCUUCGUAACUCUCUGGGGGCCAACAGGGGGCAGCAGCAGCACGUCCACCACCACUGCCGUGGACACCAUCACUCCCAUAGUGACAGUCGCCAUAAUGCCCCCCGCCACCAUGAUGAUGACCCUGUAAGGGCCGGGGGAAUCCACUUGCGUAGCUGCGGAGACCUCAACUCGACAUCCAUCGCAUCACUGCGCAGACUCCACCCACCGUCACACGGAUCAUCAGGGGCUCUUUACUCAGAAUCUGCCCUCUGAAAUGGGGCGGGGGAUUCUGGAAUUAAUCACUGCUGGAUUCAGGAGAGGGGCAGAGAAAAUUUGAGGAAAGAAUGACAGGUGGGAAAUAGGUUUGAGAUGAGGAAUUUAGCUUGCAGAAAGGGUUAUUUUUAAGGGUGUUUGAAAAACAGUAUAUGUACCAUUGGUGAAGUUUUCAGCUGUUCUUACCGUAAUAAAAGACCGAACAGUACACCCGAUAUAAUGGAGUUUAACCCUUCAGACCCGCUGCUCUCUGUGCCAGACAAAGUCUGGUCCUUCUUAUAUAUUUCCAUUUAUUUUUUGCUCCAUCUAGUGCUUUUUUUCUCGCUCACUGUUUACAUGGAUAUGGAAAGAAUGCAGCACCUCUGACACUGUUCCUUGUCUUCACAGCUCAUUACAAUGCACUCAUGCAACUACAAACAUUCAACCAUAUGUUUGGCUGUAACUAUGUUUUGAACUUGGGGUAAUUUAAAGGAAUUAAAUAAUUAAAAGGAAUUAAAGGAAUAAUUAAAGGAAUUAAACAAUUAAAGGAUUUCAAUGGA